GUUCACGCAACAGCGUGCUCUGCACCACGGUAAGACCGACGCGGAGGUCAAGAGGAUCGCUCUCUUGGUCUUAUCAGCACCCGACUACGACUCCUUGUACUCGGAGAUGGCAACCAUGACGCAGUCGAACAAGGAACGGUACUGCCAGAUCCAUGGGUAUGCGCUAUACAACGAAGACCGCAUGGCCGUGAACAAGACGUUGUGGGCCACAAAGGCCGCCACACGCACUGAGGCGUAUGUCAAGCAUCUCCACAAGCAUGAAUGG